UAUCACCCCAUCACCCACCCCAUCCAAAACCCACUCACCUAACUUAUAACCACAACAUAUCAACAACAACAACAACAACAACAACAACAAAGAAAAGAAACUAGUCAUUUCUUCUUGUCAUCUUCAAAAACCAAAAAAACAGGACAACAUAUACAAAAUAUGAGAACCACCUUACACGCCACUAUAACCCCGGAAAAGAACUCCUUUAUCAUUGCUCCGGAAUCGGCGGCGGCGACGACGAUGUCAUCCACAGGCCAACCAAGAUCACCGUGGCACUCGCCAGUCCCUUACCUAUUCGGAGGACUCGCUGCGAUGCUGGGCCUUAUAGCCUUUGCCCUAUUGAUAUUGGCGUGCUCUUAUUGGAGAUUGUCUAGUGAUGAUACCCAACAACAAAGCAAUAAUGAAGGAGGUGAUUUAGAGAGUGGUGAGAAAGGAGAUGGAAUGAGUAAAAUAAAUGGUGUACCUGUUUUUGAAGAGAAGAUUGUGGUUAUUAUGGCAGGCAAUGACAAACCUACCUUCUUGGCUACUCCAGCUUUAAUGUUCUCCAAGACAUAUUCUAAUGAUGAUCAUCUUAUGUCUAGUACUACUCUUAAUAAUACCAAAGGUGAUGGUAACAAGGAGAGCACUAGUACUGUUGAGGAUGAUGAUGAGAAGCCUAAAGAAAAUGAAACCACCACUCACCCAAAUAAUUGAGUUCAUUGUUUACUAGUACGUGGUCCAUGCAUUUACAAAUUUGGUCCCGUUGUUUUUGUGCUAAUGAAGCCCGAAAAUAGCUGAUACCUGAGGUAUCCUUAUCUCGAAAAACAUUUCUGAUUUUAAAACCCAUUCGUCUCCAUACUACAUAGUUAGUAGCUAGUUAGUACACCUUAAUUGUGUCAUAUGUGAGGCCACCCAAAAAAAAACAUACACAAACAAAAAACCUACUUUUUCUUGGGUAACAUGGGAAGAAUCCACUCCAGUUUACAUGGAUUGCUAUAGAGUAAGAAUUAGAAAAAAUUACAUAUAUCAACUGGACCGUCCAAUUAAUGAAGAGGAUCAUGUCCCGUCAAUUUUGAAGCUAGAGAAUGACUCAUAUGGGUCUAUUUUUGUCCUUUUAAUCCCUUUUCUUUUAUCCUUUUUGAUUGCCUUCUUUUUACAUAGUAGAGAUUUGGUUUAAUUUUGCGGGAAAUGUAUACAAGGAGAGAUUUUUAUCGACUCCAUAAUGUAAUAUAUUUCGUGUGUUAGUUCAUCUUAUAAAAUAUCUUCAUCACUUAUGCUC